CUAAUCCCGUUUGAUAGUCGAAUGACGAUAGCUGCGUAAAGCAAUAUUUAUAUAAUAUUAUAACGAAAUCCAUCUAAUACCGUACGCGGUCAGCAAACGAUCUAUUUAGUAUUCAGUCGACAAACACGCCGGUUGAUAGGUAACGUAAAUGAAAUAAUAUUUGAUUCAAUUUUUACACCCGUCCUCAGAAGAAGAAAAAAAACUAUGAUCGUUUCCCGUCGUUUGCUGAGUGGUUUCCUGGUGAUCGCCUUAACCAUGUCCGUCCUACACAACGCGACGGCCGCAUCCGCAAGCGGAAACGAUGGCGAAGACGAUGGCGGCGGCGGUGGUACAGGCGGCGGCAGUAUCGUUGACGGUGGUGAGGGCGUAACGCCGUCACCGUCACUGAUGGACCGAGUGUCGGGCGUAGUGGACAGCGUCAAGAUGCAGGCGUCCGAGACGCUUGACGGGGCGGGAGCCGCGGCCGGAAACGCGGCGUCCGUGCUCAGUCGGCUCCAGCCGAGCGUGACCAAGCCGAUGUCGGAAAUCGGCAGCGGCGGCGGCGGUAUGCGCAUUACUGAGAAGAAACUGCCAUCAGGCGACAACGCACUGGGGCGGCUGCAGGAGACUAAGGGGCGCACCGUGGCCGCGGCCAAGAAGGUGAUGGACGAGACCAUACACAAGCUGCAGUCGACCGUGAGUGACAUACGGCGCACGAUCAGCGGCGAUGACCGGGACGACGUCGGCGGUGACCGGAGGAUCAGCAACGCGAUGGACAGCCUGCUCCGGGCCGUCGGCACGGAGGGCAAGGCGAUGUUUGAAUACGCGUCCGACGUCAUCAACGAGACGGCCGACCGUGCCAAGGCGGCUGUCGACAAGGCCCAGCAACAACAAAAGCCGGUGCGACGGCCGAACCAAUAAUUAUCAUAAAAAUAUUAUUAUAUUAAUUAUUUCGCGUUACAUGACACUGUUUGCGAGUAUACGUCAUAAUACUAUAAAAAUUAUUUUAUACCAAUAAGACAUUGUCCGUUUACUAAUAAUUGUACGUUUAGUAAUUAAUCAUUAUUAAUAAUAAUUUACUGUUUUGCAAUAUAUUUGUAUAAUAACAUUA